UCGCGGGUUUGUUUGCGGCCGCCCGGCGGCGGCGGCCGGAGCCGAGCGGACUCGGACGGACCCGAACCGAGCCGGAAAGAGCCGAAAGCAGCCGGGAAGAGCCGAGCGCAGCCGAGCGCGGCCGGCCGGGCAUGAGGAGCGGCGGGACGCGGAGCCCCCCGCGCCCCCCGCCCGGGGCCGGUGCCCCCGGGGCUGCCCGGCCGAGCCCGCCGCUCCGCGGGCCCCGGUGACGCCGCGGGAGCCGCCGCAGAGGGGGCCUGGGCUAUGCGCUGGUGGCUGCGCGCCGCCGUCCUCAGCCUGCUCGCCGGAGCCGGGGGCAGCGGCCGGAGCGAGCCCCGGGCCGUGGUGGGGCGCGUCGGGGGCAGCGCGGUGCUGGGCUGCGGGCUCCUGGGCGCACACGAGGCGCGCCCGCCGCUCUACGUGAUCGAGUGGGUCCGCUUCGGCUUCGUCCUGCCCAUCUUCAUCAAGUUCGGGCUCUACUCGCCGCGCGUGGACCCCGAGUACGCGGGACGUGUGCGGCUGGAGGAAGGUGCCUCGCUGCGCCUGGACCUGCUGCGUGCCGAGGACCAGGGCUGGUACGAGUGCCGGGUGCUCUUCCUCGACCGGCACAGCACCGACGCCGACUUCCAGAACGGCACCUGGAUCCACCUCACCGUCAACGCACCUCCCACCUUCCUGGAGACGCCCCCUGCGUUCGUAGAGGUGCGGGACCAGGCUGCACUGAGCCUCACCUGCAGGGCUGUCGGCAACCCCCAGCCUGUUGUCACCUGGAAGAGGAGUGACCUGCCUGUCCAGAGCGGGGACACGGUGCAGGUGAGCAACGGGACGCUGAGCAUCGCCACCGUGGAACGUGCCAGCGCGGGCACCUACACGUGCCACGCCACCAGCAAGGAGGGCACUGUCACCCACACCACCCGCGUGCUCGUGCAGGGGCCACCCAUCAUCGUGGUGCCACCGCAGAACGUCACUGUCAACAUCUCCCAAGAUGCCUUUUUGGCGUGCCAGGCUGAGGCAUACCCAGGGAACCUCACCUACACCUGGUUCCAGGGCAGCAGCAACGUCUUCCACCUCAGCCACCUCCAGGCUCGGGUCCGUGUCCUGGUGGACGGGAGCCUCCUGCUGCAGCGAACGACCCCGGACGACGCUGGGAAAUACACCUGCACCCCCAGCAACGGGCUCUGGAAGCCACCUUCUGCCUCAGCCUUCGUCACAGUGCUCUACCCAGCGCAGGUGACCACCAUGCUCCCGGAGACUCACCUGCCCAAGGGCAUGAGGGGCGUGAUCCGCUGCCCCUCCAGGGCCAACCCCCCCCUGCUCUCCGUCACCUGGACCAGGGACGGGCGCCCGCUGGAGCUGGACAAGCUCCCGGGCUGGUCCGUGCGGCCCGACGGCUCCAUCGUCAUCGCCACGGGCAACGACGACGCUCUGGGGCUGUACCGCUGCACGCCCUACAACAGCUACGGCACGGCCGGCGAGUCCCGGCCCACCCGCGUCCUGCUGAAGGACCCUCCUGCCUUCACGGUGCGGCCCAAGGAGGAAUAUUUCCAGGAGGUGGGCCGGGAGCUGGUGAUCCCCUGUGCAGCUCGUGGGGAUCCCCCACCCACCAUCACCUGGGUGAAGGUGGGCAGCGUGGGGAAGAGCAGUGCCCAGGUGGAUGGCAACAGCAGCCUCGUCCUCCACCCCCUCACCAAGGAGCAGCACGGAGUCUGGGAAUGCAGGGCCACCAACCAGGUGGCCAGUGUCACCACUGCCACCUCUGUCCACGUACUGGGUACCAGUCCCCACGCUGUCACCAACGUCUCCGUGCUCCCACUGCUGCUGGCAGCCAACAUCUCCUGGGAGCCAGGCUUUGAUGGAGGCUACUUCCAGAGGUUCAGCGUCUGGUACACCCCUCUGGUGAGGUACCCACCGCGGGCACACCACGACUGGGUGUCACUGUCGGUGCCAGCUGGGGCUCAGCACCUUCUGGUGGAGAACCUGCAGCCAGACACCAGUUACCAGUUCAGCGUCCUGGCCCAGAACAAGCUGGGCAGUGGCCCCUUCAGCCAGAUUGUCACCUCCGUGCCCAGGGGCUUCCCAGUGACCACAGUGCCUCCGGAGCCACCAGCCAUGACCGUGCACGUCUUCCUGUCCCCACCCCGGGCUCUGACAGCCAACGAGACCGUGCGGGGGGUUCUGCUGCGCUGGGACCCCCCUGCCCGUGCCUCGGUGGUCCCGAGCGGGUACGCGCUGGAGCUGCGGCAGGACAAGGGCGGCUGGGAGGUGCUGGAGCGCUCCAUCCCCGGCACUGACACCCAGGUGCUGGUGCCAGGGCUCAUCAAGGACGCCUUCUAUGAGUUCCGACUGGUGGCCUUUGCUGGCAGCUACAUCAGCGACCCCAGCAACACGGUGAACGUGUCCACGGCAGGGAUGGAGGUGUACCCGUCCCGCACGCAGCUGCCGGAGCUGCUGCCACAGCCGGUGCUGGCGGGGGUCAUCGGGGGGAUCUGCUUCCUCAGCGUGGCCGUCAUCUUCAGCACCAUGGCCGCCUGCAUCAUGAACCGGCGCCGCGCCGCGCGCGUCCGCAAGCGCCGCCAAGAUCCACCACUCGUCUUCUCCCCCAGCAAGAAGCUUCCACCUCCACACAACGCUCGUGGCGCUGGUAGCCCCGCCAGCACGCUGAAGCUGAAGCUGCAGCCAUCGCCGUGCCGGAGCCUGCACCGGAGCCUGCUGUGGGGCGAGAAAGCCGGCACCAGCCUGGGGCUGAGCAUCGCCGGCUCCCGCUACCCCGCCUACGAGAGCCACGGCCGGGAGCACGUCCCGCUGGAGCGCAUCUGCCGCGGCCCCGACGGCCGCUUCGUGCUGGACACCGAGCCGCGGCCGGAGCCGGAGCCUCCGCGGGACCCCCUGCAGCCCUACCGCCAGCUGCCCGCCGAGGAGGACGAGGAGGAUGACGAGGAAGAGGGAGACGACCAGCCCGUGUGGCACAGGGGGGUCUCGCUGCGCCCCCAGCCCGCGGGGCAGCCCCGCCGCGGCGCCCGCGCCUCCGGUCACCGGCACGGCCGCUACUUCGGCUACGGCAGCAGCAGCCCCGUGGACGAGACCGUGGCGUUGAGCAUCACCGACGUCAGCCCCGUGGCCUCUGCCGCCGCCACGCUGCCUUACAGCGCCGUCCAGGAGCCCCCCCGGCCCCGCCACGGCCCCCCCUGGGACUCACCGCCCCGCCGGGGCUCCCCAAAACCGGCCAGCAGCCCCCCGGUGUCCCCCGGCCCCCCGGCCAUCAGCGGCAUCCUGCAGUACCUCAGCCUGCCCUUCUUCAAGGAGAUGUGUGUGGACGGCGACUGGCCCCCCCAGGAGGAGCAGGGGGAGCCCCCCAAUGCCGGCGCCCCCCCGGAGCCCCCCGCCAGCCCCCCGCGCUCGGGGCGGACGCUGUGCCCGGACUGCAUCGACACAAGUGCCAACGCCACCUCCCCUCCCGCCACCGCCGCGUUCCUUGAGCCCCCCCGGCUACCCGUGGGCCCCCCCAAGGCCUCUCUGCCCGGCUCCCCCUCCUGGCCCCGCUCCCCCAGCCCCGGGCCGCCCCCCCAGCCGCCCCCACAUCUCCGGACUGAGGCCCCGGGGCGGCCGCCGGACGCCGCAGCCCCGGAGAAGCUCCCGCGGGGCAGCCUGACCAGCCAGAGCAGCGGCCGGGGCAGCGGCUCCUUCCUGCGGCCCCCCUCGCUGGCACCGUCCUUGGGGGGCACCUUCCUGGGCACCCCCGUCGGGGACGGGGGCAGCUGGCACAGUGGGGGCUCGGCAGCGGAGGAGGGACGGGGCAGGACGGAUGCUGGCGCCGGGAAGAGCCCAUCCCGGGGGUCUCACGCCCUCUGGCCGUGCCCCUCGCCCCCUCCCCGCAGGAGAAACACCUCGGUGGACGAAAACUACGAAUGGGACGCGGAGUUCGCGCUGGAAUCGGAGCUCCUGGAGGCGCUGCAGCUUUACCGGGGCGCGGCCCCGGCCCGGCCCGGCUCCUCCAUCGCCCUGCGGGACCUGCAGCGGCACCAGCCCGGCUCGGCCCCGGUGAGCUCGGUGUCGGCGGAGGCCUUGGGAACGGGGGGUCUCCAGGAGCGCGGCCAGACCCCCCGUCCCGAGGGGUUGGGGGCGCGGCGCCGCAGGGAGGGGGUCCAACAGCGGCGGCAGAGGGUGGGCACCCGCGGCUGCUGCUCCGAGCGCUUCGAGGUGGCCACGCUGCUUUAGGGGGACCCCCGGGACCCCCCGGGUGAAAGGAUGGGCGGGGGGGGAAUAA